AGCGUCCGUCAGUGAAUUAGGUACCACAAAACAUUAAUUAAUUGUAAUCGCUUUAAUUGUUUUGAAAAUUUUAAUUGUUUUCAUUUAAAUUUAUAUUUUUAUCGGCAUCUUAUUAUAAGAUGACGAUACUCCUGUUAAUCUGGGCGUUAGUCCUGGCAGUCAUAGUCUUGCGUGAUCUCAAGCGACUGUACUCGACAUUCAGUAAGGAUGGCAUCAAGCACUUCAAGCCAGUUCCACUGCUGGGCAACAUGAGUUCUGUCAUAUUCCGAAGAAAUCAUUACGCUGACAAUAUCCUCAAGUUUUGCAAAAGUUUCCCAGAUGAAAAGUUCGUUGGCAGAUUUGAAUUUGUUAACCAGUCCAUUGUGAUCCUAGAUUUAGAGCUGGUGAAGAAAAUUGCUAUCAAAGACUUUGAAUAUUUUCUGGAUCAUCGCAACUUUGGAGCUGAAUCUUUUUUUAGCAGAACUUUGUUCUUAUUAGCAGGUCAAGAAUGGAAAGACAUGCGUUCCACACUGACUCCAGCUUUCACCAGUUCCAAGAUACGUCUGAUGGUGCCUUUCAUGGUAGAAGUUGGAGAUCAGAUGAUUUUGUCUCUCAAGAAGAAGCUGGAAGAAUCGAAAGAUGACUACAUCGAAGUUGAUUGCAAGGAUCUAACAACUCGUUACGCCAAUGACGUGAUAGCCUCUUGUGCCUUCGGCCUGAAGGUAGACUCUCACAUGGAUCGUGACAACCGAUUCUAUGCAAUGGGCAGGUCACUAUUUGAGUUCGGUUUUCGCACAAUGAUGAUGUUCUUUGUUCUUCUGAAUGCACCGAAAGUUGCUAAGUUUUUCAAAUGGGAUAUUGUGCCAGCUUCAGUCAGAAAAUUCUUCACAAACUUGGUGCUGGAUACAAUGAAGGAUCGUGAGAUGCGACACAUUAUCAGACCAGAUAUGAUUCAUUUGCUUAUGGAAGCCAAUAAAGGUAAACUAACCCAUGAAGAUAUAAUGCCUAAUGACAAUGCUGUUGGAUUUGCUUCUGUUGAAGAGUCUGCAAUUGGAUUAAAUUCUUCAAAAAGAGUAUGGACGGACGAGGAUAUAGUUGCUCAAGCAUUUGUAUUUUUCGCUGCUGGCUUUGAAACGGUAUCAGCGACGAUGGCUUUCUUAUUGUACGAGCUGGCAGUUCACCCUGAGGUACAGGAGCGAUUGGCACAGGAGAUUAGGGAAUAUGAUGAUAAGAAUGGUGGCAAGUUUGACUUUAACUCAAUCCAGGAUAUGAAGUAUAUGGACAUGGUUGUUUCUGAGGUUCUGAGGAAAUGGCCGGCACCUUUGGUUUUGGAUAGAAUAUGCACUAAAGAUUAUAAUCUUGGGAAACCAAACAAUGCAGCUGAAAAAGAUUUUAUCAUUCGCAAAGGUUCAGGAGUCCAAAUUCCAGUCUACGCCUUCCACAACGACCCUCGGUACUUUCCUAAUCCUGAGAAGUUCGACCCUGAACGUUUCUCUCCAGAUAACAAAGACAAAUUCAAUGCAAAUGCGUAUAUGCCUUUUGGUGUUGGACCAAGAAACUGUAUAGGAUCGAGGUUUGCUCUCUGCGAGGUGAAGGUGAUAACAUACCAGAUUCUACGUCACAUGGAGGUGUCUCCCUGCAAGAGUACAUGUAUUCCUGCCAAACUAGCGACUAACAAUUUAAACCUCAGACUGAAAGGUGGACACUCUCUUAGGUUUAAACUUAGGAAGUAGAUUCAACUACAUGUAUCAAACGCGUCAUUUUUGUAUGUAGUUUAAGUUUGACGUUGUUUAUUCAAGUGAUAUGUGAAGUGUGUAUAGUUUAUUGGAUUAUUUUUAGAAUGUAAACUAUUUACCAUAUGAUAUUAAAAGAUGUUAUGAUACCAAUAGUUAACUAGUAUUUUAGCGUUAGAAUUAUUUUGUUUAUAAGUCGAUUUAUUCAUACUGAUGAAUCAAAUAAAAUGAUCAACAUAC